GCGGCGGGCUUGUUGUUUUACGCCGGUGGGUAAGGGCUAACGGUUUCCGGUCGUGGUAGCCCCCGAGGGUGGGAGAAAAGAGGCGACGCUGCAUCCCGAAACCCCGAACUCCGAGAAGGAGAUGAUGGGUUUCAGGACGUCUGCGUUAGAGUCCACUGAAAGCGAAGAGGCCCUGGAGGCCCCGGGGCCACCCCCGGAGCCCCGAGCCCCGGAGCCCGGAGCCCCAGAGCCCGAGCCGGGCUUGGACUUGAGCCUGAGCCCGAGCCCGCUGCCCGAGAGUCCGAAGCAGCGGAAGAACAGCCCGGGUCAGCGGAAGGGGCGGCGGGGCGGUAGCCGGAGGGGGCGGCAGGUUCGUUUCCGACUGGCGCCGCCCUCUCCGGUCCGGCCCGAGCCGCUGCUGGCGGCCGGUGCACCGGGCGACGAUCAUGAGCUGGAGGCACCGGCCCUGCAGAGCAGCCUGGCUUUGAGUCUGGAGUUGCAGAACGCGCGCGCCGCUGUCGCCAGCGGCCAGUUUGAUGCCUUGAAGGCGGUGGAGGAGCAGCUGAGAAAGUCGUUCCAGACCCGCUGUGUCCUGGAGGAGGCCGUGGCGGAGGGGCUGAACGUGCCGCGCUCUAAGCGGCUCUACCGAGACCUGGUGAGUCUGCAGGUGCCCGAGGAGCAGGUCCUGAACGCGGCGCUGAGGGAGAAGCUGGCGAUGCUGCCACCGCAGCCCCGAGUCCCGCCCAUGAAGGAGGUGCUCGGGCCGGGGCCAGACAUGACCAAGCUGUGCAACCCGGAUUCUCUGUGGCACGAAUCUCCGCACUUGACAGUGGAUGGGCUGCCCCCGCUAAGACUUCAAGCCCGGACCCGCCCUUCAGAAGAUACCUUUCUCAUGCAUCGGAUGCUGAGGCGCUGGGAAGCGUAGCCCGAAAAACUCCGGAAUUGCUAGUCUGCAUUUUUUGUUAGAACUGGUUUUUUUUUUUUUUUUUUUCCCAUAGAAUAAACUGUUUCUCCCCGCCCCCCUAAAUUACCGAACUCUUUUUGAGAGCAUAGAUAGGAUUAAACUCCUUCAGGGUCUUAGGUCCUGGUUGGAAGCUGCCUGUAGGUGGACCCCGCCCCGCCCCCCCAAUCAUGGCAAAUGGAAAGCAUUGUCCCUAGUGUGGGGUCAGACCUUCCUCUCCACUUAAAUCACUUUUGUUUUCGUUAUAAUUAGAACUUGAGCUUUAGCCUGACACCUAGGCACCAUGCAUGUCCCAGCAGUUGGGAGGCUGAGGCAGGAUUCUAUGUCCCAGCACAGUCUGAGCUCCACACAUUGUUUUGAUACAGUUUCAGGCUGUGUAGGUUCAGAUCAGUGGUAGUAUCUGGUGAAGCAUGUACAAAGCCCUGGGUUCAAUCCCGAGUGUGCAAGAGUAUAGGCAAAAAGUAGUCAGAGUGCUUUAGACUCCACUUUGGUUGGGUGUGAUGAACACUUGAGGUAGAGACAGGAGCAGGCAUUCCAGGCCAACCUAAGUUAGUUGAUACUGUCUCAAAACACGCACACUGCCCUAUUUGUACAAACUACAUUUGUCUCUCUACAUAGCUCUGGUUGUCUUGAAACUCAUUAUGUAAUCCGAGCUGGUCUUAAACUCAAGAGACUUGCCUGCCUCUGCUUCCCAAGUGCUGGGACUAAAUGCAUGUACCACUACACCAGGCUAUUCAAAUACUUCUGAGCAAAAAGUACUUACCCAAAUGUGUGUUUUAACAUUAAAUGAUUGCUUCAAA